AUGUUGGGUCUUAUUAUACCGUUGACGCGAAGUGUGGCCCGUCGUGCCUUUUCUACUACUCGUGCAGCCGCGGCCCAACAGAUGACCGUAAGAGAUGCUCUGAAUGCAGCUUUAGAUGAAGAAAUGGAAAGAGACGAAAGAGUGUUUCUUCUUGGUGAAGAGGUGGCUCAGUAUGAUGGUGCAUACAAGGUGUCUAGGGGUCUUUGGAAAAAGUAUGGGGAUAAGCGAGUGAUUGACACUCCAAUUACGGAGAGUGGUUUUGCUGGUAUUGCAGUGGGUGCUGCGAUGGCAGGUUUACGGCCAAUUUGUGAAUUUAUGACCUUUAAUUUUUCAAUGCAAGCUAUUGACCAAGUAAUUAAUUCUGCAGCAAAAACUUUGUACAUGUCAGCUGGAUCUGUAAAUGUUCCUGUUGUGUUUCGAGGGCCCAAUGGUGCUGCAGCUGGUGUAGGUGCUCAGCAUUCUCAGUGCUUUGGUGCAUGGUAUGCUCACUGCCCUGGCUUAAAAGUUCUUGCCCCUUACAGUUCAGAAGAUGCAAAAGGUCUAUUGAAAUCUGCCAUAAGAGAUCCAGACCCUGUUGUUGUUCUGGAAAAUGAAAUGCUGUACGGUGCUAAUUUUCCUGUUUCUGAUGAAGUAUUGUCUAAAGAUUUUGUUGUUCCUAUAGGAAAGGCUAAAAUUGAACGUGUUGGAAGCCAUAUCACGUUUGUUGCUUAUUCUAGAGCUGUGGAAUUUGCCUUAGAGGCGGCUGAUGCUUUGGCAAAGGAGGGAAUAGAAGCUGAAGUAAUUAACUUAAGGAGUUUACGUCCUCUUGAUGAGGAAACAAUCAUCACAUCAGUAAUGAAGACUAAUUAUUUAGUAACUGUUGAGCAGGGUUGGCCACAGAGUGGAAUUGGAGCAGAAAUUUGUGCAAGAAUUAUGGAAAGUGAAGCUUUCUUUCAUUUAGAUUCCCCUGUUGUUCGUGUUUCUGGUAUUGAUAUUCCUAUGCCAUAUACCAGAACUUUAGAAGCAUAUGCUCUACCUCAAACACCAGAUAUUAUACUAGCUGCUAAGAAAGUCCUAGGAAAGAAUUGA